CCGAGCCCCCCAAGUAAAAAAGCAAGCAUCCCGGCCCCCGCAAGAGAGGAGGAGGCGGGGAGAGGCUCCGGGAGCUGGAGGAGCCAGCGCUCCCCGCCGAGGCAGGAGGCAGGCGCGCCAGGCGGGAGCCACCCGCUCAGCAGGGGAGCAGGGGCUGCCUGGGGUGCCGGUGAGUGGCGCUGCUCCAAGCCACGAGGGACCAAGGGGCCGUCGGAUACAGGGAAGAGGGCCCAAGAGUUGAGGAAGCCGAGCUUGAGCGGGAGUCGGGAGCAGCCAGCAGCCCCACACCUCCAGGCGGGGGGCGGGGGGGCCAGGGAGGAAAAAAAAGCAAGACGCCCCGGGAGCGGCGAGGCGGCAGAGCGGUAGGGAGACCUGAGCGGGACCUGCAGGACCCUCGGCUGCAGCCACCUACGCGCCGCGCGGAAAGAGCGCUACCGGUGUCCGGGCCGGGGCCGUAGCCCCGUGGGGUGAGGGAACAGGGGCGCCCCCGUGCGUCCGACUUCCCGGGCGCGGCGGCCGGAGUCAUGCUCAAGCCCAAGGACCUGUGCCCCCGAGCGGGGACGCGCACCUUUCUUGAGGCCAUGCAGGCGGGCAAAGUGCACUUGGCCCGGUUUGUGCUGGACGCGCUGGACCGCAGCAUCAUCGACUGCCGCGCAGAGCAGGGCCGGACGCCGCUCAUGGUGGCCGUAGGGCUGCCGGACCCCGCGAUGCGCUCGCGCUUCGUGCGACUGCUGCUGGAGCAAGGUGCGGCCGUGAACCUGCGGGACGAGCGCGGCCGCACGGCGCUCAGCCUGGCGUGCGAGCGAGGCCACUUAGACGCCGUGCAGCUACUGGUGCAGUUCAGCGGCGAUCCGGAGGCGACGGACUCGGCGGGCAACAGCCCGGUGAUGUGGGCGGCGGCGUGCGGCCACGGGGCGGUGCUGGAGUUCUUGGUGCGCUCUUUCCGCCGCCUGGGCUUACGCCUGGACCGCACCAACCGCGCGGGCCUCACCGCGCUGCAGCUGGCUGCCUCCCGCGGCCACGGGACCUGUGUGCAAGCCCUCACUGGGCCUUGGGGUCGGGCAGCCGCCGCGGCAGCGGCCCGGGGCUCCAACUCCGACAGUCCCCCUGGCCACCCUGCCCAGGCACCCAGCCCAGAGCGUCGACGACCCAGCCCCCGUCGUCUACCGCGCCCUCUUUUGGCACGGUUUGCGCGAGCUGCCGGCGGCCACGGUCACGGUCACGGCCACGGCCACGGCCACGGAGGUGAGCUUGCCUCUGCUGGCAAGGGCACGGGCCGUAGGGCCCAAGGCAGCGAGAGACCAGAGUUGGGUCGGAGCAUGAGCCUAGCUCUGGGUACCAUGACGGAGGAGGAGACAGCACGCCUUAGGGCGGGAGCUCUGAUGGCCCGACCAAACUCACCCCAGUCUUCGGGGAGUGGGCGGUGGCGUUCACACGAGGGGCUGGAGGGAGCGCCACUGGCCUUAAUGCAAGCCCCGGUCGGCCUUAGUCCUCAUCCUGAGGGCGGCCCCGGCUCUGGCCGCCUGGGUUUGCGCCGACGUUCCACAGCCCCAGACAUCCCCAGCCUGGUCGGGGAGGCUUCAGGGCCAGAGAGUGGCACGGAAUUAGAAAACAACGCUCUCCCUUUCUCAGUGCCUGGGCCAAAGCCUUGGCAGGCGGGCACAGAGGCUGUGGUACUGCAGGCUCAGCGGUAAGGAGCAAGAAGGUCGAGCCCUGUAAAGUUCACUCUGUCUCUAGUUACUGAGCUGUCUCCCUUUCCUCCAAGUCCUCCCCUUCUCUGCAGUUUUCUGCCCACCCUUUGUCCCCACUGCUAAAGGGAGAUCUCCUGUAGUUCUCCACCAGAUGUAAGAAAGAGAUCCCAUCUUUUUGUGUGCUCUUUGGUAUUUCCUAUGUAAAUCUCCCACCUUCCCCCAGCUUGACUUCCUUGUCCUGGGGAAGAAGGAGGCGUGAACGGCUGCUUCUGUAGGCUUCAGCUUUCUAGCCAGAAAGGUGGAUGGCUCAGGCCCAACGCCAGCCUAGGUUCAGCUCCCUAGGCUCGGUUUCUGCAGCAUCCCUUGCCGAUUUUUAACUUUUCCCAUCACCUUGGCAGCCAUGGCAGCCAGGUAACAGUGGAGCUGGCUUUGGAGAGCAAGGGCCCAGGCGGCUGUGCCCUAAUCAAUCGUUUCACAAAUUACCAAAGUCUCCCUUCUCUGUCAGUGUUGGAGAAAGGGAGGAAGUGAGGUGGCCCCAUAAGCUUUUUGGACAAGAGGGCUGAUUUUGAAGGAAUCCAGUGGUUAAGGUUUUCUGAGGCAGAAACUCUUCCUUCACCAGGACAGGCAUAUUUUGAGACUCUGUAUCCCCUUUUGGUAUUUACCAGCUUUCCAUUCUGGGAAAUAAGCUUCCUUUGACUCUGCCUCAGUCAGACCUAGGAUUCAACUUCUUUGAUACUGUAGGGUCACUGCUACCCCAAUCCCCAACUAACUCUUGGCUUCCGGGACAGCUUGACCCCCCCCCCAAAAUGAUUGCAUUUGAAUUUCAUCUUUGAGGUUCAAGGCUUCCUUCCCUCAUCCUGGCCCAGCCUUACUUUAUAUUUCCACUUAGUCUCGGAGGCCUGAAAUGGAAAGGGACAUAGCACCCCACCUCCUCCUUCCUCCCAGCUCCCCCAUUCCGCACGUGGGUGCUCCAGGAGGGUAGAACAGUUAGGAAGGAUUUUGCUUAAUUGUAUUUCUCCCAACCCUCAAAAGAACUCGUGUUUUGAGCCUUUGUGUAUGAAGCAGAAAGCAGCAGGUCUGAUCCGAGGCUUAAGAACCUGACAACGUCUCUUUAAAUAGCACUCCGCGAGGGGGAUAAUUGACUGUAGUGUUUGCCACGUUAAACGGCGGCGGGCGCGGGAGUCGAGAGCCCACACGAGCCGCAGGUCCGGGUCUAAAUUACAUCAAACUCCCGAGAGAGCCUAGGAGGGGGCUGCUAAAUGUCUCCUGCUUCUUGCUGGGCUGUUAAUGGAGGGCAGGGCGGAUGAUGGAUGCUAGAUCAAGACCAAAGACCCCUGCCUGGGCCCCACCGCGUGGGAUGCAGGCCCAGCCCAGCUUCCAGCUUUUAUUACUGGGCAGAUUAGUGAGUCAGAGGCAACUGUGGAGAAGUAGUUAGGCCCCCUCCCCGCGAAGUCUUUUGUCCUCUCCCUCUCCGCCCCUGCCCUCCAACACUGUACCGCCUCAGAGAGGGGGCGAAGAAAGGAGUUUGACAGGUUGCGAGCUCUACGACCCCAGUGUCAGUGCUAGCUCCUGGUGGAAGAUCUGUACCCGCAGGGUGGGGUAAAAACUCCUGCCUCAAGGCAGUGAAAGUUUUCUGGCCGCGAUAGUACCUCGGGUUUCUAUUUGUGAGCUCCGGAAGAGUGAGCAUGUAGCCCCUCACUUGCCUGCGAUAAAGUCUUUUAAGACGUUGAUCUUUGUGGAAGAUCGUCUUUGUGGAAAGGUUUCUUGCCAGUAACUCCGAGGGAACUGCCCAGAGAGAAUGCUGGUGUCCAGAAACUGAGUCUGCGGUUGAAGGGUAGGAAGUCGGAAACCAGUUUUUGCAGGGGCCAGAGGGCUCCGCAGUUCCGGCCCUCUCGCUAGCGUCCGAGGCCGCGCUCCAGCCCACAAUUGGGACCGUGAUCCUUGCUGCCCCCUGGUGGCACCUCUGCUUUCUCCUCGCUGCGCCCUGGGAGCUCAGACUUGGCUUUCAGCGGGAGAUCAUCGAUCGCUGUGUAACUUCUCCCUCUGUGUGCUCUUUUUACCCAUCAAGCGUGCUCCUCUCGUAAAAUAUUAAAUCCAGAUACUUGAAGUCACUUCACUUCAAUGAAGUGAGGAACAGUGAACAAGGAAGGUCAGCACUGGGUGUAGUAAGAAGUGCUCAGAAGCCCAGCAAGGACCCUUUACCAAGAGCCCCACGUUAUUUUGCAAGCUAAGGCUACUGUUGGAAGAUCUCCUGCUUAUCCUUAGAACGGCUGGAGCUGCCAACCCUCAUGGCUUCUGAGCCUUGACCUGACCGUGUGUGUGUGUUGUCUUAUGACAGUUGCUGUUCAUGAUAGGGUGAUCUCCACCCGGACGCACACAGACACUCCCGGCCUCUGCCCCCCAACACCCGCGCGCACACACACCUGCCUUUUCUCAUCCUGAGGAGCAGACAAACAGUAUACCACAGUGUCUGAAAAGUCAAAGGAGGUCAGACCUGGGACACUCCAAGUGAAUAGUACUUUUCCUCUGGCCCUCCUCGCUCACAUUCCAUUUUCAACUAUGUUUACUUUUAGUGACGUUUUUAAUGGUGUAAGGAUACAAAUAAUUUUUGGCUUACAAGCACCGUGAAAUUUGGCUCACAAGUUAUGUUGAGGGGAAGCAGCGGGGGAGGGGGGGUGCUGCCAACCAUCCAGUGUCACUGAUAUGUAUCCCGUGGGAGCGUCACCUUGGUGAGUCUCUGUUGGGUAAACGACUGCUCCUGUCUCUGGGGAGUUGCUGGAAAAUGGGUGGUGGAAAGUGAUGUUUCUGAUACACUGUAGAUCUUUCCCAUCUCAACUGAGUUGUGGGCCUUGUUGUCUGCCCUUAGCCUUAGCUAAGCCUUAGCAGGCUUUGUACAGAACUCCAGCACACUUCGCUCUCUCUGGACUUCCUGUCAGCUCUAGGUAUACUGAGGCUGUGGUCCUCCCUUGUCCCCUUCCGCAGCAGACUUUGCUGCAUAUUCUGCUCUUCCUGUUCUUGUCAUCAUCGUCAUUGUGAAGAGUCGCCCCAGCCACUGGCACUCAGAGCUGGUUGGUGUGGAAGGGUGUGAAGGACAUCAGCACAAGCCUUUGGAGCCAUGUGCUCUGUGUGAAAGCGACUGGCCCGGGGAGGAGCAGCUAAUAAACCCAGUGUUGUUCC